GCAACAGCUGCCAUUCCACAGGGACGAUGCCGUGUGAUGAGUGUCAUGGAGAUGGAUCUAAAGUCUGCUGGGUGUGUAACGGCUCUGGGAAGAGAGGCGAGGAGAGCUGCACUCAAUGUGACGCUUCAGGCAAAGAAAGGUGUGAUAAGUGUGAUUCUAGAGGGACGAAGGAGUGUGAAACCUGUGAAGGAAAACGACAACUGCUGACCUACAUCCAGCUUAAAGUGGAGUGGACUAACAAUGUGGAGGACCACGUGGUGCAGCAGGACUCUGGUCUGGAGGCCGAUGAUCUUCGUUCAGUGACCGGGAAGGAGCUGUUUAAGAACAACCAGUACCUGCUCUACCCGCUGCUCGGCUUCCCCAACCAGGCCAUCUCUGAGGCCUCUGAGAAAAUGGUCCGAGAACACCAAAGCAAGUACGCUCAGAACGCCAGGAUCCUGCAGCAAAAGCAACAGUUAGAUAGAAGCAUAAGAUACUAA